GAGGACAUGCAGGCCGGGAACUCAACGGGGGAAACGUUCCCCAGCAACCUGAGAAGCCUGUCUUUGGCCCACCACCGCCGCCGCAACUUCUGGAGGCACGAGCAGCGAAUGGGAACAAGGCCAUGAUCAAUGGAUGUCACUAGCGACUACUCAUAUCGAACAACAUCAACAAUGUUUUGAGAACAAAAGGAACAAAAACAAAAAACAUGUGCUCUCUGUUUUGGUGAUAAGAAGGCCACAUAAUGCACUUGUAGCCAGCACUUGUUGGAAAGCUUUUCUGUCAUGGCUUGUGCUAGUGAAUCUCACUGUCAAUUCAAGUUUGUUUUAUUCAAUUGGUUUGAUAUGCUCAAAAGAAGACAGGGAAUGGGGAAAUGGGAAAAGAAAUGGACUACAGCGGAUGUAGACAAGCAUCUCGCAGCCUUGUCCUGACGUUGGUCUCCUGACCGGCCAGGGCUGAAGUAUGUCUGGUUAGUUGUACGGGUUCCGGGUUUGUCUGCUUCUUGUUGUUGUCCCUGUACAAGUACGUACCAUGU